UAAAAAUCGAUAUCGAAUGCGACGCCAUAUUUUUUCACAAAUUUCUUCAUGUGUGUUAAUUUUUUCGCUCUUGGAAAAUUUAAAAAAGCGUGGAAUUAAGUCCUGAAUAUAAUAUGAAAAUACAAGAAAUAUUAAUUUAAGUGUAUAUUUUAGAAUAUAAGUCAAAAGUGUGUAAAAUAUAAGUGGGAAAUAGGAAAUAAUUGCGUAAGAAAAUUUUCACUUCAUACGGUUGCCGGGUUGACUGCUGUAUUGCAGCCCAUAAAAGUGUAGAGAAAAGAUAUUUUUUUGUGUGCUCGAAAUUUUCUGUAUUAUUUGUAAGUGCAACUAAAGUUAAUAUAAAAUGGAAGCAGCACCCGUAACAAUGGUUGCACCGAUGGGUGCACCAGUACCACGUGGUGGUGGUUAUCGUGGCAGAGGUGGACCAAUGCGUGGAAGUUUUGAAAGGGGUCGCGGUAGAGGCAUGGGUCGUGGCCAUUAUAUGGGUCGCGGUGGCGGCAUGAUGGGUGGACCGCCACCACAAGGUAUGGGACCAGGCGGACGUGGAAUGCGUGCGCCUAGAGGGUCCGGUUAUCAAGGUCGAGGAAGUUAUAUACCACGCGGUGGUGGCCCGCCAAUGCGCGGUGGUCGUCCACCAAUGUACGCCCAGCCAAAGCAACAUACGGGUGCUGAAAACAAUAAAACAGUUUCACCUGUACCAACAGCAAGCUCGGUCACACCAGUACCAAUCGCAGACGGCACAGCGCCAGAAAUCGCCGCAACUAAUAGUGUUGCUGUAGCACCGGAAGCCGCAGUUGCGGCCCAAGUACCCAUAAGCUCUAAUGGUGGUGUGAGUAGUCUACCACCAAGGGGACCACCUCGGGGUCGCGGUUCAUUCUCUCGAGGACGUGGCGGAUAUAAUCCACACUUGAAUGGUGGAAUGCAUGGAAUGCACCCUGGUGCAGAACACGGUCAAAUGCCAAUGCGCCGUGGUGGCCCACCACGCGGACGUGGAGGAUACGGUCAAUCGAUGGCUCGAUCGCCCAUGCAUUCACAGCCACACAGUGCUAAUACCCAAAUUGCUCCGGUACCGUCACUAAAGCGGGGCGCACCCGGUGGUCCCCCAGGUCCCAAGCGUGGGCGUUAUGAAGGAGGUCCCUACUCACAAAGACCCAUGGCCCCUAAAUAUCACCAACCUAUGCAGCAUGCAGCACCAAUGGCUCCACCAUCAAGUUAUGGUGCUCCACCCAGCCAUCAUCAACAUCAACAAAGCCAUCACAGCUAUGCAACGCAUGAUCAAUCUCAAGCUGUCGAUCCGUAUGCCCAAUCUUAUGCAGCACCAGCUGCACAAACAUACAAUGGGUAUGGACAAAGCGGGUAUGCGUCUUCAGCACCACAAGCGAGCAGCGCAUAUUCAACACAGGCCACCGAAUACGAUCAAGGCCAAUACCAGACUUAUAGCUCCAGUAGUUAUGGUACUCAACAAGAUACGCGAUAUCAAACAUACGGUCAAGAUUAUACACAACAGUAUGGCGCGCCUGCUGUUGAUUAUAACACUGCACCGCAGGCGGACUAUUCGCAGCACGGACAGCAGGCCUAUGAUGAACGCGCUUAUGCUGGUUAUGAUUCACAGUAUCAACAAAGCUAUUCAAACGCAGCUGGUUAUUAUUAAAAGCGCAGUCAAUGGAAUGGAAUGCGCCGUUUGAUGGAACAGAAUUCAACGCUGUGCGUAAAAAAUUACAACUUUCCCGUUAUAAGUGGAGAAAGAAAUCACAACAAAAACAGCAGCACGUGUGCGGUGUUAAUAAAAUAAGAAAGUAAAUGAAAAUGUAGGAGUUUUAUGCCAAAUAUGAUGAGCAUAUAAAUUAACUUCAAUAUUAAUCGCAUAGAACGUAAGUCAAAUCACUUAAUCUAAUCACUAAAAAAA